AUGUUGAGAGAGUAUAAAUUAGUAGUUGUUGGUGGUGGUGGUGUUGGUAAAUCUGCAUUAACCAUUCAGUUGAUUCAAUCGCAUUUUGUUGAUGAAUACGACCCCACUAUUGAAGAUAGUUAUAGAAAGCAGUGUACCAUUGAUGGUGAACAAGUGUUGUUGGAUAUUUUGGAUACUGCUGGACAAGAGGAAUAUUCCGCCAUGAGAGAACAAUAUAUGAGAACUGGUGAAGGUUUUCUUUUAGUUUAUUCGAUAAAUUCGAGAAACUCAUUGGAGGAAUUGCAAACUUUUUAUGAGCAAAUUUUACGCGUUAAGGAUAGUGAGCAAGUGCCAGUAUUAGUGGUGGGUAAUAAAUGUGACUUGGAAAUGGAGAGACAGGUUAGUUAUGAAGAAGGUCAGGCAUUGGCCAAUAGUUUUAAUUGUCCAUUUUUAGAAACAUCGGCUAAAUUGAGAAUCAACGUUGAAGAAGCAUUUUUCGAUUUGGUCAAGUAUAUUAGAGCUAGUGAAGAAGCAGAAAAGCAACAACGCUUGAAAGAUCAAGGUGUGUCACCACAACAACAGGAGCAACAAAACAAGCAACAGGCACAACAAUAUCAACAACAACAACAACAACAACCGCAAUCACAACUGCAACUGGGUAGCGGCUCACAACAGCUUAAUGGUGUAGCGGGAGGAGGGGCUACUGGUGCUACAACAACCGGCGGUGGUUCUUCACCAGGAGGUGCCCCUCAAAAAUCAAAUGCAGGUCAAAAUAACUCUCGAAAGCAGCAAUCACAACAAUCAUCCGGCAGUGAGAAGUCCAAGUCAGGCUGUUGUGUAAUUGUUUAA